AUGGCCGAGCACUACACACAUUCCGCUUCGGUUUUGCGGUGCCCACGGUGUAAUAAGCCGUUCGACAAGCAGUCUACUCUCAAAAGACAUGAGUACUAUUGUCGGACUCGGAAAGAGGGGCCCUUACCUCGGUCCAAAGCUUGCAUCACCUGCGUGAAACGCAAGUCCCGCUGUGACAACAAGAGGCCGGCAUGCUCUGGAUGCAUUACCCGGGGCGUGGAUUGCCGGUAUCCAGUUGGGAAGGGUGUUAGCCGGGGUAGGCGUCCACAUGAAGGUCCGGCACACGACAAACAACAUGGAGUCUCGCGUGUGGUCCGACGACCCUCUUUGGCCCCUUCCGAUGUUGGUUUAGGAUCAACAUCAUCCGAUUCCCUAACUGAAGAAGCCGACCAUGAAUUCGAAUGGAGCUUCCCAGUCGUGGAUUUGGACGACCGCAUCACCGACACCUGGUCAACAACCCCCAACCAGGACAUCCUCCCCUUGUCGAACCCCUUCACAACACCCGCCAUACUACAACCCCCCGAGUCCUUCACCAGCACCAUCCCGUCUCUAUUCGCGCCCGUCAACCAACCCCCUUAUCUCUUCGGCACCCUCACCCAGCGCCACACCAGCGCUGCAGCCCCUCAAACCCUGCGGACAGCCCACUUGGUCUUGCAUACGCUUAAGUCUUACCCACUCAUGGUCCUACGGCAUGACACCUUGCCGCCGUUUAUUCACCACCGUAUCAUGGCGUCUCCGUCGUUGGGGAGUGAGGAUGAUGAUAUGGAGCCGUUGAAUAACUGUUUGAGUUUGUUGCAUGUCAUGACUAGUCGGGUGAAGGGGAGCAGGGGGUUGUUUUGGAGGAAUGUGAAGGGGGAGUGUGAGAGGUUUUUGGGAGAGUGUCCUGGAUGGAACAAGUGGCAGUUACUCGCUAGCCUGCAGGCUGCAGCCAUCUACCUCAUUUUGAGAGUCGACGAGGGCCAGGGCGAACACAGUGACAUUGACUCGCUAUUAGUUGCUACCGUCAUUUCCGCCGAGCCCAGACCCAGCCCAACCACAAGUCUUGACACCCACUGGCAAAAUUGGAUUCACGAGGAGUCGUUACGGAGACUCUGCGUAAUCUACCAAGUCCUCGACCUCCUAGUCUACUUCACCCCCGCCGGCAUGUGCCACUCGCGACAAGAUUCCAACCUCCUCAUUGCACCACUGCCAUCUGGCCGACGGCUCUGGGAGGCCAGCGACGGGCCAGCUUGGAAAGCCGAAAGGAACAGAGAG